AUGUCAUCUCCAGUUAGCCAGCGUCCUUCAUCCCACCACACUCAUCGAAGCUCCACUCACGUUUCUUCGAAUACACAUGUGACUGUGACGCCCCCUCCAGCCACCCCGACUCACCAUCGAGCUAAUAGCAGCGGUGGCGCACCUGUGAGUUCCGGUAUGUCGUUAACUUCACCGGAAAGUGACACCACCAGCCUGGUGACGGGUCCUUCGAUUCUUACACCUAUGACGCCACCUGGAUCCCCGCACUCCAGUACGACUAGCCAUCACUGGCGAUCGAGGCUGACUACGAUUAAGAAUAGCUUUUUAGGAUCUCCCAGGUUUCAUAGAAGGAACAAAUUACAAGCUUCUUCGGAAGAAGUUCAUUUAACUCCGGAAUCAUCGCCAGAAUUAACGAAAAAAAGUUGGUUUGGUAGCCUGAUGACGACCGAGAAGGAUGAAACGUUUACGAUAUUAGUUAAGGGAAAACCUCUGGCCACAGUCAAGGCUGAUUUGAUACACGCCUUUUUAUCGAUAGCAGAAUUAAGUCAUUCUGUUUCGAGUCCCAUGUCGUUUAGGGUGGAAUACAAAAGAGGAACAACUGGGCCAGCGAUGUUCCAAAGGCACGUUAGAUUUCAAGUAGAUAUUUCUCCAAUAAUCAAACAAUCAAGGGAUAACACCAAAGAGCAUCUUUUUGCUAUUACCUUUACAUUACUCUCAGGAAAUAUACGAAGGUUUAGACGAGUUUGUGAACAUAUACAAGCUCAAGUGUGCACGAGAAGACCUCCUCCGAGUCCGAGAGCUCAAAGGAAGUUUACUACGGAAUUAAGCGAAAGUUCUAGUUGUGGUUCGGAUUCUAGUGAAUUGUUUUUGAAUACAAGGCAGUUAAAUGUCCUCCAGUUAGAAAACAGCGAUUUAGAAAGUGAAUGCAGUGUUUUCGAUGUCCGUACUGCCACACGGGAAGUCUCCCGACGAGCGUCCACGAACAACAACACAGAAACGUGCGAGCAGAAUAGCCCUGGUACCCCGAAAGCGGUUCGAUCUAACUCGGAAAACACUGAGACUUGUGAGAAAAAAUGCAUCACGACAAUGUCCGGUAGUUCUAUUGCGUAAUAUUUUUUAUAUAUAGCCUAAUCUCCUCAUAACCAUAGUCGCGAGUCGUGAUAAUAUGGGACAGUUUUUCAACAGUACUCAGUAUUUCAAAAACUUUUUACUUCAUCUCCACGAUUUUUUGACACAAGUAUCAAUAAUAUUAUUCCAACUAAAUGCUCGUCCGCUAUA